AUGCCAGCCUUCAAGUUAUAUGGACACCAUGGCUCGACCAACACUGAACGAGUUCUGUUGACGUUACUCGAAGGAGGCUUCACCGACUAUGAAUUCGUUCCAAUCGAUCUGCGGACUGGAGAGCACAAGUCGCCCGAACACAUCGCCCGCCACCCUAUGGGCAAAGUCCCGGCCAUAACCUUCCCAGACGGCUUUACUCUCGCCGAAAGUCGACCAAUCUGCAAAUACCUCGCUCGGAAGUACUCCUUCCCCCUGAUCCCACCAGCUUCCAACCUCGAAGCCACAGCACUCUUCGAACAAGCCGAAUGCUUCGAGACGAUUUACUUCGGCGAGCCCGCUGGCAAAAUCGGCUUCGAGAAGUUCGCCAAGAAGUUCAUCGGUAUCCCGACUGACGAAGCUGUUGUUGCAAACGCUGAGAAGGAGUUGGGUGCGUAUCUAGAUGUUGCGAGUGGGCUUCUGCAGAAACAGGGGUAUUUUGGUGGGGAGGAGUUUGGUCUGAUCGACAUAUAUUACAUUCCACUUCUUCAGAGGGUAUCCUUGUGUGGGUAUGGAGACUUGAUUGAGAACAGGCCGGCUGUGAAGGCUUGGUGGGAACGCUGUACCAGUCGUCCAGCCGUGCAGCAGUUUCUGAAGGAGUCGACGUUCAAACCUUGA